AUGCAGGAGAACUACGAGACGGUGACCUCGCUGGGAUUCCCGUUUCCCAAACCUGAGCUGAUCGCCCGGCUGGAACGAGGGGAAGAGCCGUGGGUGCCCGAUCUCCGGGACUGCAAGGAAAGAAGGCUUCCGAGAUACACCCGUAGAGGUGCUGAGCGAGGGAGUGAGAAUGAGCAGGGGAAUCAUCAUGAGGAAGUUCCCGGGGAAGUGGAACUGCAGGGGACCUUCGUGGGAAGAGGUGAAGGGACUUUUUCCCAGUGCUUGGAGCAGGAAGAGGCCUGGGAAAACUGGCACAGGUCAGAGAGGCUUCUGGAAAACCACCCUGGGAAGAGAGUGGAUGAAUCUAUUAACGGUGGGGAAGGAGACAAGGAUCCCAGAGCACAGCAGACAAAUCCCAAGGAAGAGACACCCGGGUACUACCCUCAGUGUGGGAAAGAAUUCAUUGGGAAAAGUUUCAUACAAAGGUCAGACCUUGUUCAACAUCAGGCAAUCCACACAGGAGAAAGACCCCACAAGUGCUUGGACUGUGGGAAAAGUUUCAUAAGAAAGUCAAACCUUGUUAAACAUCAGGCACUCCACACAGGAGAGAGACCCCACAAGUGCUUGGACUGUGGGAAAAGUUUCAUAAGAAGGUCACACCUUGUUAAACAUCAGGCAUUCCACACAGGAGCGAGACCCCAUAAGUGCUUGGACUGUGGGAAAAGUUUCAUACAAAGGUCAGACCUUGUUCAACAUCAGGCAAUCCAUACAGGAGAAAGACCCCACAAGUGCUUGGACUGUGGGAAAAGUUUCAUACAGAGGUCACACCUAGUUCGCCAUCAGGCAUUACACACAGGAGAGAGACCCCACAGGUGCUCAGACUGCGGGAAAAGUUUCAUGGAGAGGUCGAACCUUGUUCAACAUCAGGCAAUCCACACAGGAGCGAGACCCCACAAGUGCUUGGACUGUGGGAAAUGUUUCAAAGUGAGGUCAAACCUUGUUCACCAUCAGGCAAUCCACACAGGAGCGAGACCCCACAAGUGCUUGGACUGUGGGAAAAGUUUCAUACAAAGGUCACACCUAGUUCGUCAUCAGGAAAUCCACAAAGGAGAAAGACCCCACAAGUGCUUGGACUGUCGGAAAAGUUUCAUAAGAAGGUCACACCUUGUUAAACAUCAGGCAUUACACACAGGAGCGAGACCCCAUAAGUGCUUGGACUGUGGGAAAAGUUUCAUACAAAGGUCAGACCUUGUUCAACAUCAGGCAAUCCACACAGGAAAAAGACCCCACAAGUGCUUGGACUGUGGGAAAAGUUUCAUAAGAAAGUCAAACCUUGUUAAUCAUCAGGCACUCCACACAGGAGAGAGACCGCAUAAUUGCUUGGACUGUGGGAAAAGUUUCAUACAAAGGUCAGACCUUGUUCAACAUCAGGCAAUCCACACAGGAGAAAGACUCCACAAGUGCUUGGAAUGUGGGAAAAGUUUCAUAAGAAGGUCACACCUUGUUCAACAUCAGGCAAUCCACACAGGAAAAAGACCCCACAAGUGCUUGGACUGUGGGAAAAGUUUCAUAAGAAAGUCAAACCUUGUUCAACAUCAGGCAUUACAC